CAAAUGAGAAAAAAUGAAUGUACAUAUUUUGUCCUGUCAAACGAUGCGGUGUUGGGCGCGCAAAGUUGACAUUUAAACGUCGUUCAAGCUAAAUUAAAACACAGUCUUAUUGGUUUGUUCACAUUUGAAAAAUCAAAUUUUUUCAACCGGAUUUUUUUUUCGUUGUUGAAGUGCGAUAAGUCAUUACAUUCUUUUGGAUUUUUUAUCGUUAAUUUAUACGAGCUAUUGUUGUAUUGAAUCACUUGUUGCACUAGAAAGCAAACAAUGGAAGAACAAAAACUAAUGGAAUUGGAAAUUCCAAAAACAAAGAAACACUUUGGUUCGUUGGUGCACAAAACAACGACCGAUAAAUUGCGCGAUAUGUUACGAGAAAAAUGCCGAAUUCGUGUUCGGGAAUCGCGUCAGAAUAAAUUCGAUGUGUCACGUACAUUUUUGGAAAAUGAAAAGCAAUGGCUCACCGACGUAUUGAAGGGUGAACUUACAGAAAUUGAACUGGACUUACUAUUGGAAGAUCAAAUGUUAAAGGAACUCAUCGAAGAACAAUAUCAAUGGAUGGUUGAACAGUACGAACAGUCAAACAAUCUCGAUUUAUUGGGCGACCCAAAAUCGUUGUUGGUUAUGUGCCCCAUUUGUCAACUCUCUGAAUUACACAUCACCGAUCAUUUGUUGCAUUGUACUUGCGGUUUUCGAAAAACCUACAAUAGAUCGUUGGAAGAUUUCUCGAAAAAAGUUCAAUUUUUCGUAUCGUCGCACGAAGAAAGAUGUGUCUCAAGGUUGAUAUUCUUCCUGGAUCCAUUUGAGUCGACGCUCAAUUUGAUGUGUAACAAUUGUGAUUAUUUGGCCUUAAUUGAAUGAGCAAUUAAAAUAGCAGCCAAAUACCCAAAAUACAUGCAAGCUGUUAAUAUUAUUAAGAUUAGCUCAUCGAAACCUCCCUAAAAAACGGUUCGGAGUUUUUUUUUGUUGAAAUUUGGAAAGAAAAAUGCAUAUUUUUUAUACUGAAGAUAAAUGUCAUUCAUUUUUUU